AUGGAGAAGCCACAAGAAUGUCAUCUCACUCUAAUUAAGAGGGUAUUGAGAUACAUAAAAGGUACUAUCGAUCAUAGUGUGUUGAUGCCAAUGAAGAAGAGUACUAGCACAAAUGCAGAGGUACAUGGCUACACUAAUUCAGAUUUCAGUGGAGAUCAAGACGAGGAGAAGAGUAUUGUAGGCUACAUAUUCAUGAUUAGAGGUGCUCUAAUAUCUUGGAGCUCAAGAAAGAAAAGCAUUGUGGCUUUGUCAUCAUGUGGAGCUAAGUACGUGGCUGCAUCAUAUGCAGCAUGUCAAACAGUAUGGAUAGAGAUGUUGGUAGAAGGGAUCAAGGUCAUGAAACCUAAGAAAAUAAUGUUGUUUGUAGAUGACAAGUCAGUUGUUUGA